GGGGCCGCGCCGCCCGCGAUGCCGGGCGCCCGCCGCAGCCGCCGCCGGAGCCCGGGAUGGGGCGAGAGGCUGCGGCGGACGCCAGCAUCUCCCCGCCGGGGGCCCCGGGGGCCGCGGAGCCGCCGCCGCCGCUGCUGCCGCCGCUGCUGAGACCCAGCGGGCGAUGGACACCUGCUGCUGCUGUUUCCUUCUGGAAACGGGUCCCAGCUGGCCUGUGGACCCCACGUAGCUUGCUUAACACCCUCGACAAAUCACUCAUGGCCCCACUCUGGCUACACCAAGCCUGGCACACAGCCUGGGUGGAAUCAUGGUGGGAUGAAGAUGAGACGCUACAAGCUCUUUCUCAUGUUCUGUAUGGCCGGCCUGUGCCUCAUCUCCUUCCUGCACUUCUUUAAGACCCUGUCCUAUGUCACCUUCCCCCGAGAACUGGCCUCCCUCAGCCCGAACCUCGUGUCCAGCUUCUUCUGGAACAAUGCCCCCGUCACGCCCCAGGCCAGCCCGGAGCCGGGCAGCCCCGAUCUGCUGCGAACGCCGCUCUACUCCCACUCGCCCCUGCUCCAGCCGCUGUCCCCAAGCAAGGCUAGUGAGGAGCUCCACCGGAUGGACUUCGUGCUGCCCGAGGACACCACCGAGUACUUCGUCCGCACCAAGGCGGGAGGCGUCUGCUUCAAACCAGGCACCAAGAUGCUGGAGAAGCCCUCCUCGGGGCGGCCCGAGGAGAAGGCGGAGGGGGCCGAUGGCUCCUCUGCCCGGGGCCCGGCCCGGCACCUGCUGAGCGCCCGUGAGCGCCCGGGCGCCCGCAGCCCGCGGCGCAAGUGGGUGGAGUGCGUGUGCCUCCCGGGCUGGCACGGGCCGAGCUGCGGCGUGCCCACCGUGGUGCAGUACUCCAACCUGCCCACCAAGGAGCGCCUGGUGCCCCGCGAGGUGCCGCGGCGGGUCAUCAACGCCAUCAACAUCAACCAUGAGUUCGACCUGCUGGACGUGCGCUUCCACGAGCUGGGCGACGUGGUGGACGCCUUCGUGGUGUGCGAGUCCAACUUCACGGCCUACGGGGAGCCGCGGCCGCUCAAGUUCCGCGAGAUGCUCACCAACGGCACGUUCGAGUACAUCCGGCACAAGGUGCUCUACGUCUUCCUGGACCACUUCCCGCUGGGCGGGCGGCAGGACGGCUGGAUCGCCGACGACUACCUGCGCACCUUCCUGACCCAGGACGGCGUGUCGCGCCUGCGCAACCUGCGGCCCGACGACGUCUUCAUCAUCGACGACGCCGACGAGAUCCCCGCGCGCGACGGCGUGCUCUUCCUCAAGCUGUACGACGGCUGGACGGAGCCGUUCGCCUUCCACAUGCGCAAGUCGCUGUACGGCUUCUUCUGGAAGCAGCCGGGCACCCUGGAGGUGGUGUCGGGCUGCACGGUGGACAUGCUGCAGACGGUGUACGGGCUGGACGGCAUCCGCCUGCGCCGCCGCCAGUACUACACCAUGCCCAACUUCCGGCAGUACGAGAACCGCACGGGCCACAUCCUGGUGCAGUGGUCGCUCGGUAGCCCCCUGCACUUCGCCGGCUGGCACUGCUCCUGGUGCUUCACGCCCGAGGGCAUCUACUUCAAGCUCGUGUCGGCCCAGAACGGCGACUUCCCCCGCUGGGGCGACUACGAGGACAAGCGGGACCUUAAUUACAUCCGGGGCCUGAUCCGCACCGGGGGCUGGUUCGAUGGCACGCAGCAGGAGUACCCGCCGGCCGACCCCAGCGAGCACAUGUACGCCCCGAAGUACCUGCUCAGCAACUACGCCCAGUUCCGCUACCUGCUGGACAACCCCUACCAGGAGCCCAGGAGCACGGCGGAAGGUGGGCGGCGGCCCAGGGCUCCCGAGGGAAGGCCCCCCGCCAGGGGCAAAUCGGAUGUGGUUGAAGGCUAAGGCUGCGUGAUCUCAGAGGGCCAGGGGCAGGGUCGGGGCUGGCAGCUGCCCCUCCUGAUGUUUUUCUGCCUCCCUCUGCCGUGUGGCUGGUCCUUGAGAAGACCAGGAGUGCAUGGGUGAAGGAGUCUUCUCUACUCAGGCCCUCGUGAAUUGGGGUUGGGCCUGUGAGCUCACAAAACGCCCUUCCCCAUCAGGAGAGGGGAGUCCAGCCCUUCGCACUCCCAAGAGCCCUGUGACCGGGAGGUGCUGGUGGAGCGUGCAUGGUGGUUGCUGGGUAGUGAGGGAGGUUGGGCAGGGUGGGGGAAGGGAACCUGUAGGAGCUCCCCAGGGCCAGCAGAUGGGAGCUGCAGCCCCUGCCAGGAAGAAACCUACCAUUUGGCCUCCUGGGGCUUUGGACCUGCAGCGGAGAAGUGGACGUGCCAGGAGGUCCUGGGGCUCUGUAAAUAGAUGCUUUUGGCUCCAGGAGGAAAAGGGGACACCAGGGCGGGAGGGGAAGAAAAACAGCAGCCAGCUGGGAAGAGCUGCAGUGUUCUCGGAAGAGCUGAGCCAGAAGGAGCCGAGAAAUCUGCCCCAUAGUCCGCCCCUCCCCCUGCCCAGUGCGGGACAGCACCUGUGGGGUAGGCGGGGGUCUGCAGAAGUCCAAGGAGUCUUUCUUUUGGUUCCAAAUCUGGCCUUGACAUUCCUUCUUUCUUUUUAUGUUGCUGUCUUGUGGCAAGGUGAAGAGUCCAGUUCUCAGGGUGGGGAUGGCAGCCAGAGGCUGGACCAUCAGCUCAGUAGGUUGGGCCUGCGAGGGGGCACGGGGAAGGAGGUGGUUCCCCAUCACCCCUUUCCACUAAAACCCACAGCCCCGGCUCCCCACCAUCCCCUUACACCCCUCCUUGGGGCUGGCUAGAGUCAGGAAGCCCCACAGGGCUGCCCUGACUGGGCCCAGGAGGGACUUGAAGGCCAGUUGUGUCAUCUCAUUCCUCUUUGCCUCUUGAGGGCAGGGGAUGUAUUGGUUAGUUUCUAAGCUGCUCUAAUUAAGAGACCCCAGAAUACAGUAAUUUAAGCAAGACAAGCUUGUUUCUAGCUUAACUGUCUAGAGAGCGAUGGUCCACAUGCAGUAAGGCAGCUCUGCUUUCCUUCAUAUGCACCUUCCACUUCUGGAUAGAAUGGUUGCUUCAGUUCCCACCAUCACAUGUGCAUCCCAGCACAGGGGAAGCAGAGAACAGCAAGAGAAGCACAUGCCCUUUCCCGUAAAGGGCAUGAGCCAGACAUGACUCGGUCACUUCUGAUCACAUCUCACUGGCCAGGGCUUAGUGACAUGGCCAUAAAUAGCUGCAAGGGAAGCUGGGAAAAGUAGUCUUCAGCCACAUGCCCAGCCUCAACUGAAGAAUUCUCUUAGUAAAGGAAGGAGGAGAGAAUGGAGACAGGAGACAAGGAGCGUCUCUGGCACAGAGGGAGGGGGAUGGGGAGAGAGUGUAGGAAUGACUAACACAGUCCUAGGAUCCUACUGUCUCAUUCAGAGCUCCUAAGAGCCCCCGCUCCUGCCCCCACUCACUGCAGCCCAGGGUUGGGGGCCAGUUAGAGCCUGUGGUUGUAGGAGCGGUGAUACUCCCCAUGCCCAAGGCACCCGUAGAUGUUCACCCAGCGAUGCCAGGAUGCAGAACCUGCCUGUGGAAUGGUACAUGUUUGUGCGUGUGUGUGUGUGUGUAUUUAUGGGCAUGUGUGCAUGCUUGGUGUGUAUUUGUACGUGUCUGUAUUGGGGUGUCCCUGUAAAUAUAGGCUUCUGUAUGGAUGUAGGGGCAGGGCCCAGGCCUCCCCUUCCCCAGGACCCGGAGCCUGUGGCCACACCUCCUUGCAGCUCCUCCAAAGUGACUUGGGCAGAAAGCCCCUGGGGAGCCGAGAAAGCAAGGCUGAAGGGGGUGUGGGGGUCUGUCUGUCUGUCUGUCUUUCAGUCCAAGGAAUGAGAAUCCUCCUGACCUGAGGGCUGAGCAGCUGAGAGCUCACUACCUCCCCAGCCCAUCUUGGUCCCACCCAGCCUCUGGCCUGGACUUGCUCUGGAUGUCUUAUUGGGGCUUCCUGAGGGGCGAAGAGAGCGGUGUCUCCUUUGCCACAGCUCUGUCCCAGGAAAUGUCUGGCGUGGGCGUGGUCUUCCAGGGAGCAGGCCACUGAGCAACCUCUGGUGGGCAGACAGGAAGCAGGUGGAGGGUGCUCUGUGGCCUCCACUCUCCCUCUGCAAGGGGGUCCGUGGUGUGUCCGGAGGGAACCCCUCCCUUGGAGUCUUAGCAGCCCCACUCCCAGUCCCUUUUGGAGCUGAACAAAGAGGCAGAAGUGGCAAAAGCGGUUAGAAUGUCCACCAGGGCCUGCCUUCCCAGCCACCUUCGCUCAUCUCCUGGACCGGCAGUCUCGGGGGUGCUCCUAAAUCAGGCCUGAGCCCCAGCCCAGGGUGGGUUUCCUCAUCCAUGCCCCUGGCACCCUCAGCUGCUAUGGAGAUGCCCCCUCCCCAGGCUGGCAGGGGUCCCUGGCUUCCAGUUCACCAGCUCCAGGGCAAGGGAAGGAGAAGGUGGGGAGCUCAGACCUGCCAGGCCUCACCUUCCCUCUCAGACCCAGAACAUGUUCAUGGUCACUGCCAAGGGGAGACCUGGUCAUUGGGUGGAGAGGGCAGUCGUGGGGGGGGGCAAGAUGUGGGGUUGAAGAGUUUCACUUAUACUCACAACAUACACUGGGAAUUUCGGGGGGCAGGGGAGCCCUGGGCCACUCCCCCAGUAUGAAAGGAAACCAAACUGUGAAUGGGAAUGUGGGCAGACUGCUCCCCCUGUCGCUGUCAGCAAGUGUCUCUCCCUGGAAACCGCUGGCCCUGUGACCUCUAGACUCAGGAGGCUCCGCCCACCCACAGGUCAUGUCCUCUUGCAGAAGCAGGUUCUUAGGGGUGGACUUGGGAGAUCUUUGGGGCCAAAGGUGGCAGGCGGGGAGGGGAGACGGGACUUCUCCAAGCAGAAGGCAGGGCCCUGGGAAAUGUAUAAUUUAAGGACGCCAAUGAUAAUAGUAUUAUUUUUUUUGUAAGGGAAAAUCAAUAUGUACAUUCUGAAAUCAUUUUCUCUGUAAAUGGUUGGAUUUCAUUUCACCCUUAAAGGGAUGCUUAAAGGAAAAGAGAAUAUUAAUAAUAAAAGCAGCUACAAAGUCUUAAA